UAUCGGUUGUACAAAAUAUUAUUUUCUAUUUCGAACUAAGCAUUUGAUUUGGCCAGCAAAUUCGCAGCAAUUCCGUUUUUUCCACCAACAAAAAUGAGAUCAAACAAAGGCCGCACCCAAAGCCAAGACAGCCGACUGCCAAAUGCCAGUCCCUUUGCUGUGUAUCAGCAGCAGCAGCAGCAGCAGCAGCAGCAGCAGGCAGCAGCUCGUGGUGGCAAGCCCAAGCCGUCCGCCGUCUCCACACUCCAACAGCAGCAGUUGCAGCAGCAGCACGAACUGCAGCAGCAGCAGCAGCAGCAGCAGCUUCUGGCACAGUCCGGUGUGGCGGGACAACGCGCCCAGGUGCCCACUUAUGCGGACCAGAUGCAGGCCGCCUUCCUCGACUACCAGCGGCAGCGAGCGGAGUUUGAGCAGCAGCAGCAGCAGCUGCUGCAGAAGCUCUACCAGUACUAUCCGGACAUGUCGAACGGACAGGCUCAAGCUCAGAUCCAGCCCGAUGCUGCAGGAUCCCGUUUUGUCUACCGUCGCCCGCAGUUCGGCUCCAACGGGUUGCAGCAGCAGCAGCAGCAGCAGCAGCAGGGAGCGGCCCAAGGACAGGCCGUUCGGGGCGCAUACUCAGCGGGCGACAUCUACGCAGGAGCGGCGGGCGGCCGCGGUGUUCAGGCUGCCGCCUCGAGCGGAGACUUCUACUCCACGCAGCAGCACAUGGGCUUCCUGCAGCAGCAGCAGCAGGAUGUGCUCCGUGAGCAGCAGCAGCAGUUCGCCAACAGCCAGCUGGCACCCAGCACCACCCAGAGCUACGGCAUGGCCGUGCCCAUGUCCUCGGUGCUCGGCUCUCCGUCCUUCCAGCCCUCGUCGGACGUUUCCCACGUGAGCUUCAGCAGUGGCAAUCUCAACUACAACUUCUAGUCAGCCGGCAGCAGCAGAAGCAGCAGCAG